AUGGUCAAAUACAGCGGUAUCCUGUGUGGCGCUCUCGCAUGGUUCCUUGCUGGUCCAUGUCUUGCUGGAGACAAUGAAACAACAUAUGUGAUUACCACCCCAAUUUUCCAAGAAUGGGACGAUGGAUCCAACAUGACUGUAACUCUCCGUGUCAUCAACGCCGACUACGCGUGGGAAUAUGCCAAUACCACGUCUGAUCUCAGCAAACGCACGAGAGUUAGCACUGUCGCGACAGUAGUCAAGACCGGAGCAGAUGUUAUUACCGUGGCUAAAGGAACGAAGGAAAUCUGGGAGUUCGUUGCAGGUAUCAUCAAGUCCAAGUCAGACGCGGAGUCGUGCACGUUGACAUAUGGGACGGAUCUUAGUGGUGAGUAUUUCUAUGGUUAUGCGUAUAAGGCCACAACCACUGGAAAGAAUUGUGACACCACGGCGGAACGCAAGACAAUCCUGAAUGCCGUUGACAGAUGUGCGAAAAAACUGCAAUCUAAAGGUGCUGCUGUUGGCUGCUGCACUUUCGCCCAUGGGGGGAACUUGGCAUGGCCAUCUGCAGCUCACUGCUGA